AUGGAACCACAAGGGUCUCGGAAACUGGUUCCCAUAUUGCCCGCCCAACAAAUUCCAGAUCUAAACAGACAAGAUGGUGGUGCGAAUUCAGAGUCAUCUAGCACAGGCCAGGGCCAAGUUCAAUCUGAAGCUCAAGCUCAAGGUGGUCAAGGCCAGAGGACGAGGGCCAAAAGGAAUCUAGUCGCUGUGGCCUGCGAGGGAUGCCGACGGAAGAAGGCCAAGUGCGAUGGUAGAAGACCGACCUGUGGCCGAUGCUCCUCCAAGAUGGAGAGCUGCUUGUACGAGUCCCCACCAGUCCCCUUCGCCGUCAAGAAAAAGUGCGACACUUUGAUGCUCGAGAACCAACAAUACCGAGAGCUAUUCAACGCCAUCCACGAAAGACCAGAUUGCGAGGCCCAAGAGAUCUUCAAUCGUAUUAGAAUAUCAAAUGAACCCCUCAGUGUUCUCGAAGCUAUAAAGCAAGCCGAGGUACUCCUGCCAGACCCUGUCAGCAGCCACAGUGACGGGACACCGCAGGGAAGCGUCCCGAGCCUGUAUCACGCGAGUUCUAGUCGGACUCAAGAUAGUGACCGUUCGUGA